AAUACAACACUGUGUUUUAUUGACAUGCUCACAUUUUAGCGCGCUGUCAAAAUUGAAUUAAAAUCAACCGUCAAAACACGCGUUUUCUUGUUCUUUUUUGCUUCUCAUUAUUUUGUUGUAUCUUUUGUCUUGUUCACAAGUUGUGGAAUUCUUCUUCAAUAAGCGUGCCGGCAUUUUUUUUCUCGCAAAGAAAAAAAUACAGAAAAGCAGUGAAAUUAUUACAAUUUACACAAAUAUAAAUUUAGAAAAUAUUUAUAUAUUAAAAUAACUCAACAAAAUGUUUUGGGGACUUAAUUUGAAACCUAACCGUAAAUAUUCGCAAACAACGGAAAAAUCCUUCCACAUAUCGCAAGCGGCUUUAGAUUCUGAAUCCUCCCAAGGUGGUCCAACACAGAUUUUCAUUAGCAGUGAAAAUCAACGGUUUUUGGUGUGUACUUUGCGUAAAGAUGUCUGUGAACAAGUAAUGUUAGAUUUGAACUUCAGCGAAGGAAAUGAAAUAUGCUUCCAAAGCAUUGGUAGCGGCAAUGUAACUUUGUCCGGCUAUGUGAUGGAAGAUAUGGCUGAUGAUUUCAUGAAUGGUGAUGAGGAAGAAGAGGAAGAUGUUGAGUCUGGCUCUGAAACUGAGGAAGUUGAUUUACGCAAUGCUUUGAAUGCCAAGAAAGCUAAAAAUAAGAAGGCCGAAAAGGGAAAAGCAGCUGCUAAGGCCGCCAAGGGUGCUGCUGAUGAAGAGGACGAAGAUGAUGAAGAAGAUGACAGCGAUUUCGAUAUGGAAAACGACGAUGAUGAUGAAGAAGAUGCCGAAGGCGAAGAAGAUGAAAACGACGAAGAAGAUGAUGAUGAAGACGACGAUGAAGAAGAGGAAGAUGAUGAAGAAGAUGAAUCCGAAGACGAGGAAGUUCAACAACCUAAGGCUAAACAGGCCAAGUUGGAAAAACCAGAAAAACAACAGAACGGCGUUGCCAAACAAAAGGAACAACAAGCUGAAAAGAAGUCAAAGAAGGAGUUGAAAAAGGAAAAACAACAGCAACAACAAAAGGCACAACAAGAAAAGCCACAAAAAGCAGGCGGUGAACGUGUGUUGUCCGGUGGCGUCAAAGUUGUAGAUCUACGCGUUGGUAGCGGCCCUGAGGCCAAACCUGGCAAACGCACACAAGUUUUCUAUGAAGGACGUUUAUUGUCGAACAACAAAGUCUUCGAUAGUCUAAAGUCUGGCGCUGGCUUUAAAUUCAGUUUGGGGCGCGGUGAAGUCAUCAAGGGUUGGGAUGUAGGUGUAGUAGGCAUGAAAGUUGGUGGAAAACGUCGCAUUACUUGUCCUCCUCAUAUGGCUUAUGGCUCUCGUGGAUCUCCACCAGCCAUUCCACCAAACAGUACAUUGGUCUUUGAAGUUGAACUCAAGGGUGUCAACUAAAAGAAGUUCUUCUAACUUGAAACAAAACAUAUUUUUAAUGAAAUUAUCUCUAAGUAAUUCCAUAGUGAGUUUUUUUUUUACAUAAAACCAACCAUGCCCUUUGAUACAUUUUAAUUUAGCAUUAACAAUGAACAAAGAAAAACACUUCAUUUAGUCAUUUAUUUAGAGUUUUGUUUGCGGCUCUUCAUACGUAAGGAUAAAUUGUGAAAUUACAUUUUAUAAAUUAUCCUUUUUAGUCUGGAUUUUGCAACCGUAGCUUUUUAAUACAAAUCAAUUUAUUAAAAUCUUUAUAUUAAAUUUUCUUGAA